CUUGGGUUGUAAUAUUAGUCCACUCUCUGAUACGUUAUUUCAAAAGGCAUCAUGUUUGUGUGCAAAUGCACAGCUAAAAGACUGAUAUUCGAUUAAAUAUUUGCAGCGUGUGUGAAUUGAAGGCGGAUACCGACGACAUUUUAAGCGUUUACAGUGUGAACUACAUGACAUGGCGGAGUAAUAACGAAUGGGCUCUUCGCUUUUUCCUUUUUGAGAAAUUGCUCUGAGUUUUGGAAAUAGAGGAGGUUGAGCCAAACUGAACCGGGUUGAAGAGUUCUAGGGGCAGCAUCACUUUUGAAAGUUUGCGUUGGUGGUUUCAAACAGACGCCAAUUUUGCAGUAUCCGCAGUUUCGCUGUUUGUUUACCUUUUUGGUGGUUGGGUUGCAUGAGCUGUGUUGUAAUUUUACUAACACGCGCUCCAGCAGUCGGCUGGCGAAUUCAGAAACCGGGUCCUCUAAAUAGAAUGUUACCAAGCCAGGCUGGAUCAGCACCAUCUGGAAACGGGUCAGCGUCUGUCAGGGGUAACACAGGUCACGGUUCUGGGGUAAUUGGGAGUGGGAUUCGCCCAGUGUUGGUCAGAGCAGUGCAAACGACAACUGGGGUCAGAGACAGCACCGGUGCGGUUGGGAUGUUGGGGGGCAAUGGUCCAGAAGUGGGUCCAAGAGGUGGGGCAAGACCAGUGAGCGGGACGGGACUGACGACUCUACAGACCGCCGGCCAGGGAGGCAUCGGAAGUCUGAACACGGGAGUUGGGGUUCACGGAGGCAGCCGGUACGACCCGGACAAAAAGUGUGCGCCGAUGGGGUGCAGUGGGUCAGACGCUGAUUCGGACUCGGGGGAUGAUGACGACACGAUGGGUUCAAUCAGGGACAACAGAAGAGGUGUAAAGCGGGAGAGACUGGAGAUGGAGGCUGCGGUGACAGGGCAGGGGACCGGGGUACCACCGGGGGCUUACGGUGUAGUCCCUGGAGGUGUUGCUGGCGCAAAGCCAGGGAAGAAGACACGUGGACGCGUGAAGAUAAAAAUGGAAUUUAUCGACAACAAGUUGAGGCGAUACACAACUUUUAGCAAGAGGAAGACUGGCAUAAUGAAGAAGGCCUAUGAGCUCUCCACGUUGACAGGAACCCAGGUCCUGCUACUGGUGGCCAGCGAGACAGGCCACGUCUACACGUUCGCCACGCGGAAGCUCCAGCCCAUGAUCACCAGCGAGACGGGCAAGGCCCUCAUCCAGACAUGCCUCAACUCUCCGGACUCCCCGCCCCGCAAUGACCCCUCCACUGACCAGCGUAUGAGCGCCACGGGCUUCGAGGAGACGGACCUCACCUACCAGGUGUCUGAGUCAGAGAGCCUUGGGGAGACCAAGGACCAGCUAAAGCCUGCGUUCACGGUGGCCAGCCUCCCGGGCACCACCAGUACCCACGCGCCCACGGCCCCCACCACCUCCACCAGCAUGCAGGUGAGCAGCGGGCCCUCCUUCCCCAUCACCAACUACCUGGCGCCCGUCUCGGCCAGCAGCAACGUCAAUGCCAACGGCACCAUCCUCAAGACCACCGGUGCCUCCGGAGGGCAGGUCAUGCAGCUGCCCAGCGGCUUCACCUUCAUGUCAGCAGGCACACCACUCCCCCCCGGCACCCCCACCAUUCCGCUCAGCCAGCUGCACCAGCACUCCUUGGCCAUCCAGGGGCAGACGCUCACCUCAUCGCAACUGACACAGCAGGGCCAGCAGGCCGUCUUCCGCUUCCCCGCUGCAGUCUCCCUAGGGGAAGGGAUGACCCAGCAGCUGCAGGCCAUCCAGGUGCACCCCACCACACAUGCUAAUGACAGCAGCUCGGAGAUCUCCCAGACCUCCUCUGUCUCCACUGCGACAAUCGUCACAUCGUCAGUGCCCACGUCUAUGGCGGGUCACAUGAUGUACACCAGCCCCCAUACAGUGAUGUACGCGUCCACGCCCACGCUGGCCGAUGGUGGCCUGGCUGUGCUCAACACCUUUUCCCAGGGCCCCUCGGCCAUGCAGGUGUCCCAUGGACAGUGCCAGGACACAGGUGAGACCACGCUAGACUACAGUAGGCUACGCUGGGACACAGGUGCUGUCCCUCAGGUAUUCCUUACGGCACCCUCAGGCACCAUGCAGAUCCCAGUCUCGGCAGUGCAGCUACACCCAAUGGUGAUUAGUCAGCAGUCGAGCGGCAACAGCAGUAACCUGACAGAGCUACAGGUGGUCAACCUGGACAACACACAGAGCGCUAAGAACGACUGACAGACAGACACACGAAAACCGGCCAAAUAGACACAGACAGAUCUCUAUUUAUUGAUGCCUUCCCACAGCAUUUCAUUUUACACCUCUGUUGCUUUACAGUACAAUACUGUAAGUAAACCGUGCAUUCGGAAAGUAUUCAGACCCCUUGACUUGUUCCACAUGUUACGUUACAGCUUUAUUCUAAAAUUGAUUGA